UUGUGGGAAAAUAUUGCUUAGUUCCGAAUGAGGUAAAACUAGGUCACGUUACAUUGCGUUAAGGUGGAUACGUCACAACUGGAAUAAUUAAUUACUCAAAGAACUAUCAGGUCUUAACCAUGGAUGACAGAGCCAUGGGUAAGUGGCGAAGCGAUACAAACUCGCUGGACGGUGUAAGCAGCGGUCCUGGAAUGUCUAUGGGCAUGGACCUGGGAGGUAUGGGCAUGACCAGCCCAAUCUCCUCAGUGGGCUCAAUGUCACCUGACGUGAAACCGGACAUCUCGUCCCUCUCAGUGACCUCCCCGCCCGGAUCCUACUUUAGCUAUGGCAUGCACCCCAGCAUGGUAUCAUCGUCUGGUUCGGGUUCCAUUCAUUCUCCUCCGCUGCACUCUCCAUCGUCAUCAGUAACGUCCCCAUCGAUGAUGUCGAUAGGGUCGCCCGGAUCGGUGGGGUCGCCACCCAACCCACACAUGCCGCAUUCUUCCCUCAGUAACAAACACAUCUGCGCGAUCUGUGGGGACAGGGCUUCUGGCAAACACUACGGUGUCUACAGUUGUGAAGGCUGCAAGGGGUUCUUCAAGCGCACUGUACGUAAGGACCUGACGUACGCAUGUAGGGACGAUCGCAACUGUAUGAUAGACAAACGUCAGAGGAACAGAUGCCAGUAUUGCCGCUACAUGAAAUGCCUCAGCAUGGGAAUGAAACGGGAAGCCAUUCUCCUUACAGCGGUCCAGGAGGAAAGACAGAGGAACAAGGAGAAGGGUGAGGUGGACAACGACAACGUCAACGCCAACGCUGACAUGCCUGUGGAGAAAGUGCUGGAGGCCGAGCUGGCUGUGGAGCCAAAAACAGACACGUACAUUGAUGCUCAGAAAGACGCAGUCACAAACAUCUGCCAGGCCGCUGACAAGCAACUCUUCACAUUGGUUGAAUGGGCCAAGCGCAUCCCUCACUUCACAGAGCUGCCCCUUGACGACCAAGUCAUACUGCUGCGCGCAGGCUGGAAUGAGCUCCUCAUCGCGGCUUUCUCGCACCGCUCCAUCUCGGUCAAGGAUGGGAUCCUGCUGGCCACGGGGCUCCAUGUACACCGGAGCUCCGCACACCAGGCAGGUGUGGGGACGAUAUUCGACCGCGUCCUGACAGAGCUGGUGUCCAAAAUGCGUGAGAUGAAGAUGGACAAGACGGAGCUCGGCUGCCUGCGGGCCAUCGUGCUCUUCAAUCCUGAUGCCAAAGGUCUCACAAGUGUUCAGGAGGUGGAACAACUACGGGAGAAAGUGUACGCAUCUCUGGAGGAAUACUGUAAAAACAGAUACAUCGACGAGCCGGGGAGAUUUGCUAAGCUGCUUCUACGCUUGCCAGCUCUCAGGAGCAUAGGGUUAAAAUGCCUCGAACAUUUGUUCUUCUUCAAAUUGAUCGGAGACACCCCAAUAGACACGUUCCUCAUGGAAAUGCUGGAGACGCCAAGUCCUGCUUCGUAGUUCAUUCAUUCACCUGUGCUAUAGUUGACAUGUUCACGUUUUACUAUGUAAAUAUCUGGAAAAUUAUAUAUAUAGUGUGAUUUGUAGUUUUCUGUUGAUAAACUUUAAAAUUGUGCUACAGAGAUGUUGAAAUUUCUGUUUAUUGGUAAAUUUGCAGUUUUUUACUAUUUGCAAAAAUGUUUCCUGAUGGAGCGCCAUUUAUAAUAGAUUUUAUUGUGUUUUCAAAUAUCUCAGUACAUUUGUAUAUUGGUUUUUAGUUACACACAUUCACAUUUUGGAUAGGUCAAUGGAAGACAUUUCUGAAUGUCAUGGGUUAAAAAUGUGUGGAAGUUUUGAGUUUUCUUGUGUUUUAAUAAUUGCUAUAUUUAUAUUUUUGUUGGUGUUUUUAAUAAUCGGUGAUUGAUGAUUUAAAUUUAGUUGGAAGUCUUUCUGCCAUAAUUCAUUAAUUUUUUUGUAAUAUUAUGAGCAACUUUUUCCACAACACUUAAGUUAGUUCAUGUUGGCCAUUAUUAGAUAAAAACAAAAUGAUUAUAUCCUAUGUUUUGCAGUAUGUCUGCAUUGUAAAAGAAAUGUUGCAGAGGUGAAAUCAUGGACAUGAACUGUGAAAUCAGUUUUUUUUCAGUUAUAUCGCUUUCAAUGUCAGUUUAAUAGUUAAACGGACUAUAUUUACUAGUGUUGUUAUUUGCACUUUACAGGUAUAUAAGAAUAUUCUAGAAAGUGAUUUUAUUGGUUCAUAUCAAUUAAAAAGUGAGUGUUGGUAAAAUGAUUUGCAACCAGAAUCAAAUCAUAUUUUAAACUGUUUAUAAAUCUAUGUUUAAGUUACUUAUUUGGAAGCAUUAAUUAAAGUUUCUUAACUGUCCCUUUGUCUGGGAAUUGGUACAAACACUCACUGAAAGUACAUUUUUUAGUAGCAUGAGUUUGCUGUGCUGUGUAAAAAAGUGUCAUUGAAAUCACUUUAUGUCAUAUUGUAUUUCAUUUUCAUGCAUUAACAACAGCAAAUAUGAACCUUUUUUGGAAGUAUAGACAUGCAUUCACUCCAUUUGAUUUUGAUAUUUGUGCACCUUAGAACUUACAAAUAAAGCAGUGUAUUAAAACGGGGUCAGGAACCAAGUAAGCCCCAGAUUUCCCACCAAUGUUCUUUAAAUACUUCUUGCAUAUAGGACAUGCAGUGUCCCGUGAACGAAUUCACAUUGGUUUUAUGCCGUAUGCGGCCAGCAUAGCUCCAGACUUCACAUUAAUGCAGUCUGGUCACCUUGUUUGCUAUAGUCACACAAAGUAUCAUGGCAGACAUUAAAUUUCCUCAUCAGACCACACAAAUGCUGGGACAUAUCUAUAGCUUUUCUCUUCUGGUGAGAACUAGCUUCUUAGAUAGAGUAAAUGUGAAAAUUAUUUGUAUCUGUAGUAUGCAAGCCAGAAUGUGUUGCAUUGUAUGCAAGGGACAUCAAAGUUGACGGAAAUCCAUCGUUACAGGAAACUAUCGUGGCAUUUCAUUAGAAAUAGACUUGAGAUGUGAGUGUUGUUGACUUGUAAGUGCUAUGUUAAAUGCUGUUACAGAGGUUUAUUAUGUUUAUGGUUGGAUUAUUUUGUGUACAGUACAUUGUUCAUAUAGCUUUGUAGACGUUAAUGUACAUUAUAUUUUUAGGAGGACAUUGUUAUUUACUUUGUGUAUGUUGUGAUACUGAUAUUAUUGCAUUGUUCACUGUUUUGACAAAUGUUUGAUACUAUUAAGGUAGUGUAUCUGUAAUUUACAGGCUUGUAUGUCUGUGUAGACUGAUGUGGCCAUUGAUUAUAGAGUGUAUUGGGCUACAUUUGACUCUGUUUUACUUUGGUUCACACAGUCUGUCUGUGAAAUUGUUGAUUUCAUGGGAAAUAAACAGUUUAUUCAAGAUCAUUGGUAUAUUAAGUGUUGUGUUGAUUUUCUUGCUUUGUAUAACGUGAGAAAAUUAUGUUGGUACCUGAAAUAUGAGAAAAGAGCUGAACAUUAGAAUUAGUAACAUUUGUAUUGCGUAAAUUUCUGUCAUAAAUAGUUAACUGUAUAUAAAAGCAUUCUCAUCUUUCAGGUUUAAUUUUUGCACACUCUGCUAAAAUAUAUUGGUUCAUAGAGAAGCCUUUCUUAGGUUUGAGAAGCAUUUAUGUGUAUGUUUUCUUAAGACUAAUUAUUUUGUUGUUUGUGUAACACAGAAGUCAAAUUAUGUCACAAGACAGUAUUGGGAUAAAUUAAAAUUUAAUUACUUUCGUAUUUGAUGGUAGAUUUUUGUUUUAUUUGGUAAUGUAAUUUCCUGAAUAAAUCAGAUUGAGGAAAUUUUAAAGUGUAAAUUAUAAUGUAAGUUUUAUUGUUUUAUGGAUGCACUACCUCAGCCCUUGUUACCAAAUAUGAAGAGUCACUGCACAUAUUUUGUUCUUGAAUGAUUUUAACUCAAUGGUAAGUGUGUGUCUUUUAAAUUUAAGGCAUGCACAUUAUUGCAGAAAAGGAAAUUGACUUAUUUUGAAAUACAAGUUAAGAAUCGUCAUUGGAAAUGGUUUUGAUGCAGUCUUGCAUUGGAAGACGAGUUUUAAUAGAAGUGCAAAGAACUUUAAAAUGAUAAGUAUUGAACUAAACCCUUGUACUUCGGAAAGAUGAUUACAUGUUUAAAAAAUGUACUUGAACUAAGUGAACUAUGUGUUUAAAAUUGCAUUUGUUUAAUUGUUUGUCAAAAAUAAUGCUCAACUACUUCAAUGAUCAUCAGAAUAUGGCUCAGUAACAUAGUGGCACAUCUGUGCAUAUCAUUUUGGACGGAAGCGUCCUAUCAAAUAUUUAUCACUGAACGUUUCAUAAGGCCAUCAAAUUGAGUUUUCAUAGCUACAUGUGUUGAACUUCAUGCAUGCAUAUUUGAAACCCAUUAAGAGAAAAGAACUGAUAACAUGAAACUAGAUCAACUUCAAUUAAUAGUAGUGAACAUUUUUUAAUGGUCAAUCAAGUUUCAAAUCGGUCUUCAGAUGUGCAGGGGGACACUUUUAUCACUUUUUAUCACAUUUUGUCAUUACCAUGUCUGUGUGGGUCAUGCUAUGUAUUGUUUUGUCUUGAAUCAUGCUUUGGUCAAAAUCAAUUGUGUUCAUCGAUAUAGUCACACCAGGGUUAAUUGUUUGAAAAUGGAGACAAUUCUUAAAUUUGAUGGCUGGAUUUUCUGCCAAACAAAUGAACUGUAAAUACGAUUCAACUCAGUAAUUUCAUGAAAAUUAAGUGUGCAAAUAUUUGUAAUGCACUUGUUAAUGUGUAUUUAUUUGCAUCAAACAUUCAAUGCUCUAUAGGAUUAGUAAACAAGUUCACAACAAUUUUGUCAAAGGACUUGCAAAGAUAAAGUUACUUAAAUGUUAUGAUUUUUUUUUAAAUACGUAUUAAAUCUAGCACAUGUCCUAUUAUUUUGUUUUUCAUAAAGUAUUUAAGAUUGUGUCCCCGUUAACACAAAGGUGUGAAUAACGUCAGUACUGUUGUUAGGCAACGUGCACAUGUAAUGUAGGAACAUAUUCAUAUGCCAUUAUCAAAUAAACAUGAAAGUGA